AUGGCAACUGAGACGCCCCAGGGCCUCACCAGCUUCCCAGUGACUAAGCUAUGUACACUCAUGAGUCUGGGCAUUCCAGUUUUGGCGUCGGUGGCUGGCGUAAAGCACUGGUUUCUGCUUUACAUUGAUCCAUUUAUUUCAACUUACAGACAAUACUACAGAUUGGCGACGUUCCAGGUUGCGGCAGUGAAUGAGACAGACGUGAUACUGAUCACACUUAUAUGGUACAAUUUCAGGCAUUUGGAAAGACUGCUGGGCAGUCGAAAAUACAUAAGCCUGAUAGCACUGACGUGGAUGUAUACUAGCGUUGUGGUAAUCGUGACAGCUUGGGUUUUUAACUUGAACCCUUUUUUGAAGUGGAAUCGGUUCACCAGCGGUGCUGUGCCAAUUUUGAUGGGCCUAUUUCAUUUCUACAAGGAAUACACGCCGCGAAUGUACGGAUUUGACGUCAAGCUCAUCAAGCCCUUAGGCUCCCGGUCCAAGCAACUCAAAUGGAAUUUCAACGACCAGUUCGUGAUAAACGCAUUGGUAGCCAUCUUGAUGCUGAACCAAGGCGUUGUGGGCCUUGUGACCGGGUUUUUGAGCUGGAUGUGCGGUGUUUUCAUCGAAAGAGGACUUUUCCCAGGUUCUGAGGUGUUCAGGCUUCCCCUUUUCUCACAAGGCUCUCAAACAGCCCCAUCGAGGGGCGUUGUAGCUGCCGAAUCAGAGUCAGGCCAGUCCCAAGCAGGAAGCGUGCGUGCUGCGUCUGACGAAGACGGUCGCGACGCUGAGCCUGGCGAAGAGCCCAGCGACGAGCCAGCAAGGCCGCUUGGUGUUCAAUUUUUGAAUACGUUUAGGAUGUAG